GAAAUUAAGAGGUGUAGAUGAUGGUUUAUGUCGGCCAAAUUUGUAUUUAAGUAUAUACGAUCAACGUGGCGGCCGUGCCCCGACGACAAACUAGCAGCCAAGUGGGAAACUAUACUGCAAUUCAUUUCACCCCCCACUCUCUGUUUAUGGUUUUGGUUUUUUGGGAGGGUUCCGGCCAUGGAAGGUGACUGUUGUUCUUCAUCGACAUCGAGUUCAACGAGCGGUGAGAAGCCGAAGGCGGAAAGGACACAACAAAAGGAGAAACCAUAUAGAGGGAUAAGGAUGAGGAAGUGGGGGAAAUGGGUGGCUGAAAUAAGGGAACCUAACAAGAGGUCUAGGAUUUGGCUCGGGUCGUAUACCACCCCCGUUGCCGCCGCCCGUGCCUACGAUAUCGCCGUGUUCUACUUACGAGGUCCGUCCGCGAGGCUUAACUUUCCUGACCUUAUAGAAAAGGAUAAUAAGCAGGAUAUCUCUGCCACUUCCAUACGGAAGAAAGCGGCUGGUGGGGCGAAAGUUGAUGCUUUGCAAACAUCAUCGGUUUAUCAUCAUGGUGGUUCUUCGUCGGACUCACCGAAUAAUACUCGUCGAGUUUUGUUGAAGCCUGAUUUGAAUAAGUACCCCGAAAUUUCCGAUGAAGAUUGAAUCACAGAUAGGAACACACCCCUCACAAAUCAACAAAUGUUCAUAGGCACCAUUUUUUCCUUUUGUUUAUUUAAGAAUAGAAUCAAUGGAGAAAUGGAUUGGUUCUAUUUGAUAAGGUUAUGUUUUACUUUGGAAUACUAUUGAAACUUUAGUUAGUGGCUUGUAACUUAACUUUGAUAGUCAUGGAAUAGGGAUUUAGCUUA